AUGACUGGUCUCUCCAACAAGCAUCUGAACCUCCAAGGAACCAUAAAAUUCACCCCCGACAUUCCAUAUUGGACAGGGAACGCGUUCUUUAUACCUUUCCAAACCCAAGUCACCUUCUGGCUUCUCGGUGGUAAGAACCUACGUGUUGAUGGCGGCGGAACUCUUGAUGGGUCAGGCCAAAUCUGGUACGACACCUUCGCGAGCAAUUCAUCAUUGUUGCGACCGAUAGUCUUGACCCUUUUCCAAGCAACCGACGUCGUUGUGGAAAGUAUCAAUAUGAUCAACGGCCCAGAGUGGUUCAACCUUGUUAACGAGGGAAAGAACAUUGUCUACAAUAACCUGCACAUCGAUGCUCGCUCCACGUCUUCGCACAGGAUUUCCAAUACAGACGGAUGGAACAUCUAUCGCAGCGACAAUGUGACCAUUCAAAACUCCGUGAUCAACAACGGAGACGACUGCGUUGCCUUCAAACCUAAUGCUACGAAUGUUUUGGUCUCGAAUCUACAAUGUAAUGGAUCACAUGGUAUUUCCGUCGGAUCCCUAGGACAAUUCCCUGACAUGUUUGACAUCGUCGAAAACGUCCUCGCGGUAAAUGUAACCAUGACCAACGCUCAAAACGGUGCACGUAUCAAAGCGUGGGCAGGGCAAGGUGUCGGCGCCGGACGAGUGAAAAAUAUUACCUUCCAGCACUUCGUCGAGAGCAAAGUCGACAACCCCGUCGUCAUCGACCAGUGUUAUAUGACCAGCGCGUCCGCUUGCGCCCAGUUCCCUUCCAAUGUUUUCAUCUCUGAUAUAUUCUUCAACGACAUCUCUGGCACGUCGUCUGGCUCCCUAGUUGCCGCCCUGUCUUGCUCCCCAGACGGUCGCUGCAGCGACAUCAACGUCAACGACUUCACCGUCAAGGCUCCUUCCGGUACCUCCAAGUUAACUUGUCAGAACGUGGAGGUGACAGGAAACGCUGCUUCGCUGUUCCCGACAUGCGCCAUCACUGGAUAA